CAAAAGAGUAAAAAGUGUUCUUUAGUUUUAAAUAAAACGUCAUAAUACAAUAAUAUGCCGAUAUGUCGCGGAAUAUUAUAGAUAUUUUUAGUAAGGAUACGCUAACCCCCCCUUGAGAAGUGCGCUCAAUGGUACGUUCCAUGUCGUACCCGGAAGCAGCUUGAAAACAUCUCAAACGCGCGCACCAUUUGAUUUAAAGAAAUACUUAAAAAUAAAGUGGUAAAGUUUAUCAGCCUGUACCGUAUCCUGAAUCAGAAAAAAAGUCUCAUAACCAAGAGUUGAAACUCUGAUCUGAAACCAGCUUUACCAGGACACCAGCAUGCAGCAGGACUCCAGCCGCAGUCCCAGUUACACUGUGAAGUGUGAGGACUACGUUCAUGUGGUUGAAUUCAGUCCUUUCAGCUCUGGUACCCCUGCCUCUCUCCUGGCCUACGGUGGAAACCAGUAUGUGGUCGUCAGCACCUGCCUGUUUCAGGAGGAGGAUAUGGAGGUUGAGGGAGUAGAGUUCAAUGUUCUUCGAGCUUUCCAUCAUGGAUUGCGAGUCGAUGCUCUCGCCUGGAGUCCUGAGUCCAGGCUGGACAGGAUACCCACUAUCAGGUACUGCUACUUUGUUCCCACCACCUUUUGA